AUUUUAGAUGCUUUAGCUGACUGUAUGGUCUUUGGGGCCCUGGACAAAUGUGCAGAGUGCCAGAAUGGACAGCUGUAUUAUACGGCAGAAGGAUACGCUUGCACUGGUAACCUCACAGAAUGGACCAAGUGUAUGAACAUCACUAAGGCUCCCAAGAGAAAGGCUUUUAAAGUCCCAGCAGAAUUCCAUGAUGUUGGCUUCUUAAAAGUCUACAAAUACGUCAAGAGAGACAAACUUUUCCCUCAAGUGACAGUCAGCGCUAGCUCAGGAUUGGUCAGUUCCUCUCUUGAUUCUGUGGAUGGACCAAGCAAGCCACUUCAAGAUAUGUCAUUUGUGGUGGCUGGAAAACUUAAGGAUAAAUCCCAGACUGUCAAAGACAUUGCAGAGCUAGGUGGCAGAGUGGUCAGUAAAAUUGACUCUAAGGUCAUCGCUGUCAUCAGUACAGUGGGUGAUGUAAAGAAGCAAAGCAAGAGCAUUAAGGAAGCAGAGGCAAACAAUGUCUGUGUUGUCAGUGAAGAUUUCCUGGCUGCCUGUCAGAAAGAGGAGUGGCCAAGGCUUCUGUUUGUAAUUUUGAUUUGCCAGAUUGAGAAACGAUUAGCUCACAGAACAUCCAAGAGUGCACCAAAGAGCGGCAUGUCAGCACGGGAAGAGGCCAAGUUCACCAAGAGUCUGCCCAAGAUGGUCAAGAUGACAGUCAAGGGAGGGGCUGCUGUUGACCCAGAUUCCGGUCUGGCUGAGAAAGCUCAUGUUCUGCUGAACCACGGGGAGCCUUUGACAGCCGUGCUGGGUCUGGUGGAUAUUGCUAGAGGAACCAAUUCUUUCUACAAGCUGCAGGCCCUGGAGAGCGACACCAAGAUGAGCUGGUGGAUCUUCCGGUCCUGGGGCAGAGUUGGAACAACAAUUGGAGGAAAUAAAGUGGAGAAGUGUGGCUCCUACAACGCAGCUGUGCAGAGUUUCAGGGAUCUGUACCGAGACAAGACUGGCAACACUUGGGAGAACAGGAAGAACUUCCAGAAGAUGCCUAGCAAGUUCUACCCUCUGGAAAUUGACUAUGGCCCCGCAGAUGAUGACAUUAAAAAACUGGACCUGGCAACAUCCAAAUCCAAGCUGGCCAGGAGCAUUCAGGAUCUGAUCUGUUUGAUCUUUGAUGUGGACAGCAUGAAAAAGGCCAUGAUGGAGUUUGAGAUCGACAUGCAGAAGAUGCCACUAGGGAAACUAUCGAAGCGACAGAUCCAGUCAGCUUACUCUAUGCUGUCAGAGCUGCAGCAGCUGAUAGACAACAAAGGCAGCCAGAGUCAAAUAGUAGAUGCCACUAACAGAUUCUACACAGCUGUUCCACACGACUUUGGUUUGAAGAAACCAGUUCUCCUGGACACCGCAGAGAUCAUCAAACAAAAGACUGACAUGUUGGACAACUUGUUGGAGAUUGAGGUGGCUUACUCACUUCUCAAAGGUGAUGAUGGUGAUGAAGAUCCAAUCACAGCUCACUAUAAGAAACUCAGAUGUCAACUUGAGCCAGUGGAUCCCACAUCAGAAGAAUUUGAAAGACUCAAAACCUACACCAAGAAUACACACGCCUCCACUCACAACAUGUAUGACCUGGAGGUUCUUGAUAUUCUGAAAGUGAGCAGAGAAGGAGAAUCCAAGAUGUUCCGGCCCUUUAAAGAUUUACAUAACCGCAUGUUGUUGUGGCAUGGAUCUCGGACAACAAACUUUGCUGGUAUUUUAUCUCAGGGACUGCGCAUUGCACCUCCAGAGGCACCAGUGACUGGCUACAUGUUUGGCAAGGGUGUCUAUUUCGCUGACAUGGUGUCCAAGAGUGCCAACUACUGUCACACUUCCAAAACAGACAGUACUGGAGUGUUGCUGCUAUGUGAUGUGGCCUUGGGAGACAUGUAUGAGCUGAAACAUGCUGAGUAUGUGACCAAACUGCCCAAAGGAAAGCACAGUACAAAAGGUAUUGGCAGAUCUUGUCCAGACCCUGCACAAGCCUAUGUGACAGCUGAUGGUGUGACCAUCCCCCUGGGACCAGGGAUCGACUCUGGGGUCACAGACACCAGUUUACUGUAUAAUGAAUUUAUCGUCUAUGACACAGCACAGAUCAACAUCAGGUACUUGUUGAAGAUGAAGUUCCAUUACAAGUGGUAG